AUGGGUGAAAAUAUUCAUUUAAAACCUGUUGGUUUUUUUUAGCUUUUCAAAUUUGCAUCAAAAUUAGAUGUAUUCCUUAUGGUUUUUGGAGCUAUUGCAGCUAUGGUAAAUGGUGUCCUUUAACCUUUGAUGUCUCAAAUCAUAGGAAGAACUACAAACCAAUUUAGCUCUAAUUAGGAUCAAUCCUAUAUAAUUGAAAAUGCUAAAAUAUAGUGCUUUUAUAUGAUAGGAGCUGGUUUUAUAUCAUUCAUAUGUAGUUGGAUUUAAAUGGCAUGCUGGAUGAUCUCUGGAGAAAGACAAGCUAUUGAGUGCAGGAAAUAAUAUUUCAAGGCUAUUAUCAGAUAAGAAAUAGGGUGGUUUGAUAUGUAAAAUCCUAAUGAACUUACAAGCAAGAUCUCUUAGGAUUGUUUCUUCAUUUAAGGAGCUAUUGGAGAGAAAGUUCCAAAAUUUUUAAUGGCAAUUUUUACUGGAUUAGGUGGUUUUGGAGUUGGGUUUUAUAAUGGUUGGCAAAUGUCUUUAGUUUCUGCAGCAGCUGCUCCUAUUAUCAUUAUUGGUGGAUUAAUUUAUACAAUUAUCUUAUAAUAAACUUCAAUUAAAUCUUCUGAAGCUUAUCUUCAUGCUAGCGCCUUUGCAGAGCAAAGUCUUAACUCGGUUAAAACUGUCAAAUCCCUUACAGGUGAAAACUUUGAAAUCAAAAAUUAUUCUGAAGGGCUUUUAAUUUCAUUUAAAAUUGCUACAAAAUAUGCUGCUUGGGCAGGAUUUGGACUUGGUCUCAUAUUUUUGACUGUUUACUUAGAUUAUUCUCUUUGUUUUUGGUAUGGCUCUAAGCUGAUGUAAGAUGAAACCAUUAAUCAUAACUUUGGUCGUAAGUAUACUUAAGGAGAUAUCUAAACAAUAUUUUUUGCUAUUUAAAUUGCUGGAUUUUCUCUUGGAUAAGCUGUUCCUUGUCUUAAAAAUUUUUCUUCUGGACAGCAAGCUGCAGCAAAGAUUUAUGAUGUAUUGAAAAGAAUUCCUUAAAUUAAAAACUCUGAUAAUCCAAAAAUAUUAAAUCAAUUGAAAGGUCAUAUCAUUUUCAAAGAAGUAGAUUUUUCUUACCCAUCAAAAAAAGUAGAGAAAGUUCACAAUCAACUCACACUUGAAAUACAACCAAAUAUGAAAACAGCUCUAGUUGGAGAAUCAGGUUGUGGAAAAUCCACAGUCAUGUAACUUAUUGAGCGCUUUUAUGACCCUGACUCUGGAUUAAUUACUGUAGAUGGACAUGAUAUAAGAGAACUUGAUUAUGUUUGGUUAAGAAAAAAUAUUGGCUAUGUAGGAUAAGAACCAGUUUUAUAUGCUACAACUAUCAGAGAAAAUUUGAGAUUUGGAAAGGAAGAUGCAACAGAAGAUGAAAUGAUAAAUGCUCUGAAACAGGCUAAGGCUUGGGAGUUUAUCCAGCCAUUAAAAGAUAAGCUUGACACUUAUGUAGGAAAUUCAGGAAGCCAAUUUUCUGGAGGGUAAAAAUAAAGGAUUUGCAUAGCAAGAGCUAUUUUGAAAGAUCCUUAAAUACUUUUGCUUGAUGAGUCUACCAGUGCUUUAGAUAGGAAAAACGAAGCAGCAAUUUAGGCAACUUUGGAUGAAGUAUCAAAAGGGAGGACAACUAUUGUAAUUGCUCAUAGGCUUUCAACUGUCUAAAAUGCUGAUAGGAUUCUUGUCAUUGAAAAGGGAAAGUUGAUUGAAUAAGGAAAUUAUAAUUCUUUAAUUAAUGCAGGAGGAAAAUUUGAAGCUUUGGCUAAAAAUCAAAUACAAAAAGAAUUGGAAGACAAUUCAAACUAAAAUGAUGAUUAUGAUGACAAUUAAUUGGAAUAAGAAAAAGGAGAAGUUAAAAAUUAGAGUUAAAGGUUCAAACAAGCAGCACCUUUAUUAUAAAAUAAAUUAGAAGAAAGUACAAACCGCUUGCAAAAAUAAAUUCCAUAAGAGUAAUAAGAAUAAUCUCAAAAAAAAAUAAAAUUGUUAGUAGAUAGUGAAGAAUUUGAUUUAGGAUAAUCAUAAAAAGACGGUAAAAAAUAAAAAAAUAAACCCAAAUUCACAAGCAUUCAGCUAAUCAAGAAAUUGAUUGCAAUAAAUAAACCUGAAAUUAAUUAUUUUUAUGCUGGACUUCUUGUUGCCUUGAUUAAUGGAGCUGCUUAGCCAGUCAGCGGUUUACUUUUGGGUGAAUAUUUUGAUGUCUUAUUUGGCCCUUCAAAAUCUGAUUUCAGAGAGAGAGCAGAUAUGCUAACUAUUUACUUUGUCAUUCUCGCAGUAGUGUGUCUAAUUGGAAAUUUGCUUUAAGUUAUUAUUUUUUCCAGGGUUGGUGAAAGUUUGACUUUAAGAAUGAGAAAGGAGGUUUACUCAAAACUACUUAAGAUGCCUUGCUCAUGGUUUGAUUAGCCUGACAAUAAUCCUGGUAAUUUAAGUACCAAGCUUUAAUAAGAUGGACAAUAUAUAAAUUAGAUCACAUCUAGCAUCAUACCUAUUUAGAUACAAAAUUUAUCUUGCUUGGUAAUAGGUCUUGCUUUAGGAUUUGCUUAUUCUUGGUAAAUCACUCUUAUCGGAAUGGUUGCUACCCCUCUCACAAUUAUUUGCGCUAAAUUUUAAGCUUAAUUUAUCUAAGGAUAUAGUGAAAAUUCAGAUGGAGCAUACAAAGAAGCAGGUUAGAUUAUUAUGGAGAGUGUGACUAACAUUCGUACUGUUGCUUCAUUUUGCAAUGAAAAGAAACUAAGCACCUUUUUAUCAGAAAAAUUAGUUUAACCUCUCUAAUUAGUCAAAUCUAAAGGUUAAAUUUCUGGUGUCUUUCUUGGCUUUUCUUUUGCUCUUAUCUUUUGGAUUUACGGAAUCAUACUUUAUUGUGGCUCUAUUUUCACACAGUAUUACGAUUUAAGUGCUAAAGAAAUGUUUGUGUCCAUUUUUUCUGUGAUUUUUGCUGCUUUUGGGAUUGGAUAUAACAAUCAGUUUAUACCAGAUAUUGCAAUGGCUUUUAACUCAGCAAAUAGCCUUUUUGACAUUUUAAGUUAAAAAGAUGAAGUUCAAAUUUGUUAAGAAUAAGCAUUAUAAUUAAAUCUUCUACCUAAAGUUUAACAAAAUGAAUAAACAAUCUAAGGAAACAUUGAAUUUAGAGACGUUUCAUUUAAAUAUCCAUCUAGAGAUUAAUAUAUUUUUAGAAAUCUCUCAUUCAAAAUUUAAGCAGGUUAAAAGGUUGCUUUUGUUGGACCAAGUGGUUCAGGUAAAUCUUCAAUCAUAUAGCUUUUAUUGAGAUUCUACACUAACUAUGAAGGCGAAAUAUUUGUAGACAAUAAAAAUCUCAAAGAAUAUCAUGAUUUGAAAAGCUAUCGUCAGAAUUUUGGAGUUGUGAGUUAAGAGCCAAUACUAUUCAAUGCUACAAUACAAAAAAAUAUUGAAUAUAACACUGAAAAUGUUACUAGUGAUCAAAUAAAGUAAGCAGCACAAUAAGCAAAUGCUUUAAAAUUUAUUGAGGAAUACGGUAGUGAAGAAAAAACUAAAUUAUACUCUCAAAAUUAAGAAAAUAAUUAGAUGAAUUUAAAUAACAAAGAACUAGGAGAUGGAUUUUAAAGGAAAGUAGGUCCUAAAGGAAGCUAACUUUCUGGUGGAUAAAAACAAAGAAUAGCCAUAGCAAGAGCAAUAAUUAAAAAUCCAAAUAUCUUACUUCUUGAUGAAGCCACAAGUGCUUUAGAUCCACAAAAUGAGAAAAUAGUUUAAGAGGCAUUAGACAAAUUAAUGAAGCAGAAAACUUCAAUAUGUAUCGCUCAUAGAUUAUCAACAAUUUAGGAUAGUGAUAAAAUAUAUGUAAUUGAAUCAGGAAAAUUAGUCGAGGAGGGUACCUACGAUUAGUUAAUGAAUAAAAAAGAAUAUUUUUUUAGACUUAAUAAUCAUUGA